UAGCAAAAGUUGUUGUUGCGUGCGGGCGGACGAAGUCGAGAAAAUUGGACGAAAGCACUAGAAAACACGGAUGAAAACAACGGCGCAUUCGGCUCGUGAUUUCGACCGCUUUUGAGUGAGAAAACCCGCCUGUUUUUUCUAACUGCAUUUUAAAUCGGAGUGCGUGCGUGUGUGUGUCUGUGCGCGUAUACGUGUUCGAUUCGUUUGGACGCGCUUCGCCGUUUCUGUUGCUCUGUGUGGCUCCUGUACUACAGUAAUUACUCGUUUGAAAAACCGAUAUUGCCGUGCGGCCAAAAAAUGUGGGCGCAACGUGUGCGAUAAAAAAAGUUUGUUGAAUAAAAGUGUGCAACUAAAUGUCCGCCAGUUGGCCAAGUUAAGAGACCAUCCUACGACCAAAACGACCUAACUUUAUAAAUCCUCCCCAAUAAAUCGAAAAAGCCGCCAAAACGACGUCCAAGAAGAAGCAGACGCAGCCGACGCGGCCGAAGACGAGCAGCAUGUUCAAGUGCAUUCCCAUCUUCAAGGGCUGCAACAGGCAGGUGGAGUUCGUGGACAAGCGCCACUGCUCCCUGCCGCAGGUGCCCGAGGAGAUUCUGCGCUACUCCCGGACCCUGGAGGAGCUGUUCCUCGAUGCCAACCACAUCCGGGACUUGCCCAAGAAUUUCUUCAGAUUGCAUCGCCUGAGAAAGCUGGGACUGAGUGACAAUGAAAUUGGCCGCCUGCCGCCGGAUAUACAAAACUUUGAAAAUCUCGUCGAGCUUGAUGUUUCACGCAAUGACAUACCCGACAUUCCCGACGACAUCAAGCAUUUGCAGAGCCUGCAGGUGGCCGACUUCAGCUCGAAUCCGAUACCCAAGCUGCCCUCUGGCUUCUCGCAGCUGAAGAACCUGACCGUCCUGGGCCUCAACGACAUGUCGCUUACCACAUUGCCAGCGGACUUUGGCAGUCUGACGCAGCUGGAAUCGCUGGAGCUGCGCGAGAAUCUGCUCAAGCACCUGCCCGAGACAAUAAGCCAGCUUACGAAGCUGAAGCGCCUUGACCUGGGCGACAACGAGAUCGAGGAUCUGCCGCCCUACCUGGGCUACCUGCCCGGCCUCCACGAGCUUUGGCUGGACCACAAUCAGCUGCAGCGACUGCCGCCGGAGCUGGGACUCCUGACCAAGUUGACCUACCUCGAUGUCUCCGAGAAUCGGCUGGAGGAGCUGCCCAACGAGAUCAGCGGACUGGUCAGCCUGACGGACCUGGAUCUGGCCCAGAAUCUGCUCGAGUCGCUGCCCGAUGGCAUUGCCAAGUUGAGCAGACUGACCAUCCUGAAGCUGGACCAGAAUCGAUUGCAGCGCUUGAACGACACGCUCGGAAACUGUGAAAAUAUGCAAGAGCUUAUUCUCACCGAGAACUUCCUCUCUGAGCUGCCCGCCUCCAUUGGCCAGAUGACCAAGCUAAGCAAUCUGAACGUGGAUCGCAAUGCGCUGGAGUACCUGCCCCUGGAGAUUGGCCAGUGUGCCAAUCUGGGUGUGUUGAGUCUGCGGGACAAUAAGCUAAAGAAACUGCCGCCGGAGUUGGGCAACUGCACCGUGCUCCAUGUGCUCGAUGUGAGCGGGAAUCAGCUGCUGUAUCUGCCCUAUUCGCUGGUCAAUCUACAGCUGAAGGCCGUCUGGCUGUCGGAAAAUCAAUCGCAGCCGCUGCUCACCUUCCAGCCGGACACGGAUGCGGAGACGGGCGAACAGGUGCUGUCCUGUUACCUGCUGCCCCAGCAGGAAUAUCAGCCAAUUACCCCAGACUAUCCACCCAUGACGCUUUAUAGAUCAAGCGAAAAAUUCGAUUCAACGGAAUUCUUCAGUUAUCAGCAAAAAGCCCGCGAUCUGGAAUCUGAUUCGGAGCCGUUCGAGGAGCGCGAACCGUCGCGCACCGUGGUCAAGUUCUCGGAGGAGGCCACCCAGGAGAAGGACACGCCCUUCGUGCGCCAGAACACGCCGCAUCCCAAGGAUCUGAAGGCCAAGGCGCAGAAGCUGAAGGUGGAGCGAAGCCGGCACGAGGAGCAUGUCAAUCUGGUCACGCUGCCGGAGGAGAACGGCACCAAAGUAGUCGAGACGCCAACCGAGACCCGAACCAUUGCAAAUAAUCACCAACAGCAGUCAGCACAGCCAGUGCAGCAACCAGCCAUUGGUGUAAAUUCCAAACAGCCAGUGGUUGUGGGUGUAGUUACUCCUAGCACAUCAACAGUCGUUUCACCAACAGUACAGGGUGGCUCAGAGGGCACCAGUACCACCGCCAAUAAUGUGAAGGCAGCAACAGCAGCGGUGGUUGCCGAAUUAGCAGCUACUGUUGGUGCCACUGAUGAGGGUCAGGAUGACGAUGAACAGGAAGAUGAGUUUGAAUCCGAUCGCCGAGUGGGCUUUCAGGUGGAGGGCGAAGACGAUGACUUCUACAAACGACCACCGAAAUUGCACAGAAGAGACACUCCGCAUCAUCUGAAGAACAAGCGUGUCCAGCAUUUAACCGACAAGCAGGCCAGCGAGAUCCUGGCAAAUGCCCUGGCCUCCCAGGAGCGAACUGACACCACACCGCAGCACUCGUUGUCCGGCAAAGUGACAUCGCCCAUCGAGGAGGAGGAGCAGCUGGAGGUGGAGCGGGAACAGGACCAACAGCAGCAUCCGUUCGACUCGUCGCUCUCGCCCAUUCCAGGUGGCAAAACAGAGGCACCGAGCACCGACCCAGACAACUUGGAUGGCGUUACGGAACUGCGUUUGGAGCAGUACGAAAUCCACAUCGAACGCACUGCAGCCGGAUUGGGUUUGAGUAUUGCCGGUGGCAAGGGUUCCACGCCCUUCAAGGGCGACGAUGAUGGCAUCUUCAUAUCAAGGGUCACCGAAGCCGGACCCGCUGAUCUGGCUGGCCUCAAAGUUGGCGACAAGGUGAUCAAGGUCAAUGGCAUUGUCGUCGUGGAUGCGGAUCACUAUCAGGCGGUGCAGGUGCUGAAAGCCUGCGGUGCCGUUCUGGUGUUGGUGGUGCAGCGCGAGGUUACCCGGCUGAUUGGACACCCCGUGUUCAGCGAGGAUGGCAGUGUGUCGCAGAUCUCGGUGGAAACGCGGCCCCUUGUAGCGGAGGUUGUCCCUCCAGCUGCAUCCGUUAGCCACGAGCGAUACAUCCCGGCACCCAUUGAGGUUGUGCCCCAACAGCAACAGCAGCAGCAACAGCUUCAGCAACCAAUUCAGCAGGUGGCCGCCAUGCAUGGCUAUUCGGGCAACGUGUUUGCCACACCCACCGCCGCACAAGCUGUGCAGCCUGCUGCCCCCAAUGGAUUGCUACUGAAUGGCAGGGAGGCGCCACUGAGCUUCAUCCAGCUGCACACGACGCUCAUCCGCGAUCAGAUUGGCCAGGGACUGGGCUUCAGCAUUGCGGGCGGAAAGGGCUCGCCCCCGUUCAAGGACGACUGCGAUGGCAUUUUCAUAUCACGCCUCACCGAGGGUGGACUGGCGCACCGCGAUGGCAAAAUUAUGGUGGGCGACAGGGUCAUGGCGAUUAACGGCAACGAUAUGACAGACGCACAUCAUGACGCAGCCGUCGGCUGUUUGACUGAACCGCAGCGAUUUGUGCGUCUGGUGUUGCAGCGCGAGUACCGAGGUCCUCUAGAGCCGCCGACGAGUCCGCGCAGUCCGGCCGUGUUCAACUCGUUGAGCCCCUCCGGUUAUCUGGCCAACCGACCAGCUAACUUUGGCCGAGCGGUGGGAGAAGUGGAGCAGCCCUACAAGUACAAUACCCUGGCUUCGAGCAUGCCCACAGUCACACCCACAGCCACUGUGCCAGCUAGCUUGAACAACAAUAAUAAUACGCUGCCCAGCAGCAAAACUAAUGGAUUUGCAGCUGCCGCCACGAUAGACAGUGCCACCGGACAACCAGUGCCGGCUCCACGUCGCACCAAUUCCGUUCCGAUGGGCGAUGGAGACCAUGGAGCGGCCUCCACCUCCAGCGGUGAUUCUGGCGAAGCUCAGCCUUCCUCGUUGCGACCGCUGACCAGCGAUGAUUUUCAGGCGAUGAUCCCGGCACACUUCCUCAGCGGCGGCAGUCAGCAUCAGGUGCAUGUGGCCCGGCCCAACGAGGUGGGCGUGAGUGCCGUCACGGUGAAUGUCAAUAAGCCACAGCCGGAUCUGCCCAUGUUCCCGGCGGCACCCACCGAACUUGGCCGCGUCACCGAGACCAUCACAAAGUCCACGUUCACGGAGACGGUGAUGACGCGCAUCACCGACAAUCAGUUGACGGAACCCCUGAUCAGUGAGGAGGUUGUGCUGCCCAAGAACCAGGGCUCCCUGGGCUUCAGCAUCAUCGGCGGCACGGAUCAUUCCUGUGUGCCUUUCGGCACUCGAGAGCCUGGCAUUUUCAUAUCGCAUAUUGUGCCCGGCGGGAUUGCCUCCAAGUGCGGUAAGCUGCGCAUGGGAGAUCGCAUAUUGAAAGUCAACGAGGCGGACGUUUCCAAGGCCACUCAUCAGGAUGCCGUGCUGGAGCUCCUGAAGCCGGGUGAUGAUAUCAAGCUGACCAUUCAACAUGAUCCCUUGCCGCCAGGCUUCCAGGAAGUGCUGCUCAGCAAGACGGAGGGCGAACGGCUGGGCAUGCACAUCAAGGGCGGUCUGAACGGGCAGCGUGGUAAUCCCGGCGAUCCCUCGGACGAGGGUGUGUUCGUGUCCAAAAUUAACUCGGUCGGUGCGGCCAGACGGGACGGAAGGCUUAAGGUGGGCAUGCGUCUGCUGGAGGUUAAUGGACACUCGCUGCUGGGUGCCUCGCACCAGGAUGCGGUCAAUGUGCUGCGCAACGCUGGCAACGAGAUUCAAUUGGUCGUCUGCAAGGGCUACGACAAGUCCAAUUUAAUUCAUUCCAUUGGCCAGGCCGGCGGCAUGAGUACUGGCUUCAACUCGUCUGCAUCCUGCAGCGGUGGCAGUCGUCAAGGCUCGCGUGCCUCGGAAACGGGCUCGGAAUUGAGCCAGAGUCAGAGUGUAUCCAGUCUGGACCACGAGGAGGAUGAGCGGCUGCGACAGGACUUUGAUGUCUUCGCCUCGCAGAAGCCAGAUUCACAGCUGGCUGCUGCUGCCGCCCUGGUGCAUGGCGCCCCAUCGCCCACACCCCCAGCUGCCAUCACAACCACAACAACAACGCCCACACCGACACCCACGCCAGUGGCAUCCGCAGAUUUAGCAGCGCCGGACACGCCAGCCACCCAGACCGUCGCGCUCAUUCACGCAGAACAACAGGCCCAUCAACAGCAACAGCAGACGCAGUUGGCGCCAUUGGGUCAGGAGAAGAGCACCCAGGAGAAGGUGCUGGAAAUUGUACGCGCGGCUGACGCCUUCACCACCGUGCCACCUAAGUCGCCGUCGGAGCACCACGAACAGGAUAAAAUACAGAAGACGACGACGGUUGUCAUAUCGAAGCACACGCUCGACACGAAUCCAACCACCCCCACAACGCCGGCGGCACCUCUUCCCAUUGCGGCCGCCGAGUCAGUGAACUCUGCUCCUGCUUCUGCCCCGGCUCCUACUUCUGCUCCGGCUGCAACCUCGGCAGGUUCAGUGCCAGUUGUUCCUGCCGUGGCCGUGCAGACGCAAACGACCUCGGCGGAGAAGGAUGACGAGGAGCAGUCGCAACUACAGCAACGAGGCACCCAGACGCCCGAUCGCCUGGCCCCCGGAGCACGUUACUCCUACCAGCAGAUGCUGGAGUCGCAGGAGGAUAAUCGAACAGCUGGCAAAGCCAGUCAGACGAAGCCCAAGAAGGCGGAGCCGGUGUACAUCAUAGAUGACGAGGACGACGAUGAUGAUGACGAUGUGGAGGAGGAGGAGGAGGAGGAUGAGGAUGAGGGUUCCCAUAGGCUAGACGACAUCGAUGCCAUUCUGGAGGAGGAUGAGGAGGAUACCGAGAGCUCUCCACCUCUGGAAGUGCAAUCACCACCUUCGUAUGCAGACACCGAUUCCGACACCUUCGACCGCCGACGUGGACGCUACACCAGCGACUCGGAAAGUGACUGCCGGCCGUACAAACCGUCCAGAUCGGGACGCAGCACGCCAGAAUAUGGGGGUCAUCGCAAGUCGGUAAGCUUCGAUCUCAGCGGCGACGAACGAUCCAGGUCGGACUUCGAGCGAUCCCGUUCUCGCACUCCAGACGGCUAUACGCGGGCCUACGAUUCGGAGCAGGAUACACGAGGAUCGGGACGCAAUCGCCUGCCGCGCAAGGGCAUCCUGCGGGCCACCAGUCCGUGCUCCACGUUGGACAAAGCAGUGCCCAUAGUACCGGCCGUAGCCCGCAUCCGCGAAGUGGAAUCGCCGCAACUGCAGCGCGUUUCGCGAGCCACGUCCCCGGAUCCGCCCGGUGAACUGGACCGGGAGAAUCCCUUUCGGUAUCCCACAUCCGAGGAUGACGAAUACACGCGGAUAGCCAAGGAGGUGAGCAGGUCGCCACGUUCUCCACGCACCAUGCGCGAGCAGUUCUUCUUUGGUUCCUCCCGAUCUAACGAGGAUCUGCUGGAGCAAUCCCAGUCGCUGUCCAGUGGUCGCAGUACACCCAAUACCGUCAUCUCCAAGUCGACGGAGAAUCUUACGGGCACCCGACCGAAAAUACCUCCGCCGACGGCGCCCAAACCGCAGCUGAAGAAGGCGGAUCUGGUGCGGAACGUGGCGCUGGAGACCUUCCAGUCCAGCGAUGUGGGCCAUGGUGACUUCACGGUCUUCGAGCACGAUGCCAGCACGAAUACGAUCCAUCCGGUGGAGGCAAAACUGCCAGUAAGGGUGGUGACCAAGACAAAACCGAGUCGCCCGAGGGAAUCACCACCGCCGCCACCUGUUAACUUCGCAACCAUGCCCAAGGUGCCCAGUACACCCACUUUGCGGGAGGCGGAGGAGUCCAUCUACAUGGAGGCCCUGCCGCCCACGCCCUCGCAGCUGCGGCCCCACGAAUUCCUGCACGAGAAUUCGCCAGAUAAUAUUCUGGUUUCGCCGCAGGAGCACCGCGAGUAUCUGCUGCGGGAGAACGAGCUGAGGAACCAGUUGCGCGCACCCUACGAACCCGCUCCGCCCGUUCCCAUUGCCAGCGGCGACGGUGGAUAUUCGGUAACGAAUCCCUUCCUAGAUAAUUUCGACACCGACAUUGACAGCCUGCCAUUGCCACCACCGCCCACACCGCCUGCCAACAACCACCACCACCACACACGUCAUUUGCAUGAGACGCCGUCGUAUCCGCCACCACUAACCGCUAACGCAUCCACGUCUCCAUCUUGUUCUUCCAAUGCUGCUAUUGCUGCUGCUACUGCUGCUGCUGCUGCUGCUGCUGGUGCUGGUGGCGCCACUAACCGCUUGAUGGAUUUGCCGCAACGACAGCUGCUGGUCGCCGGGUCGCCCACCCAGAUAUUUCCCACGGCCCAGAUACUACCCGUGCAGUAUGCAAGUCUGCCGCAACCGCAGCAGCCCAACACGCUCACCCUUAAGCCCGCCUCUCCCUCUCUGACCCCUGACCCCAAACAAACCCAGUCCCAGCCCAUUUUCAACCUGGUUCUCCUGCCCGGCGACCAGGUGGCCCAGCAAUCCUCAUCAUCGGGGCUGCUCUACCUGCAAUCGUCAACACCUGCCAACUGGGAUGGAGGAGCCGAGGUCACAACCAAACCAACACCGACUAAAGUGCCUAAAUCGGUUUCCGAUAAAAAACGCUUCUUUGAGUCAGCGAUGGAGGAUCAACACAAGCCCACACAAAAGACAGACAAAGUUUUCUCAUUCCUGUCAAAGGAUGAAGUAGAAAAGCUGCGACAAGAGGAGGAGAGGAAAAUUGCAACAUUGCGCCGUGAUAAGAAUUCCAGAUUACUGGAUGCCGCCAACGACAACAUUGACAAGGACGCCGACGAGAAGCGCCAUGGUAACAGCAACAGCAACAGCAACAUCAACAGUAGCAGCAGCGGAGAGGAUAAUGAUGACAGCGACCACGAGGAGGCCAUCGCUCGCGGAGAUUCAGUUGACAACGCCGCACUGGGGCACUUGGAUGAUGCGGAGGACAUGAGAGCCGCACAAAGUCUGGCGCAGACAAUGCCACCUGCCCCCAGCAAAAUACCCAAACAGAAGCAGAAACAGAAGCAGAAGGAGAAGAAGUCUGUUUCUGAGGUGAAGGCAGUUGAUUUGCCCAAGCCCUCGCUGCUGCCCAAGCCAAAGGUCAAGGUUGUGAUACCACCAGCCCUGCAACAGCGUCUCAGGCAGCAAAAGGAGCAGCAAUCGCAGCCGGAGGAGCCCUCGAUUCCGGAGGAGGAACAGCACGAGCCGGAGGAUUCGCCCUCCGCCGGAGGCAGUCGUAUUCCCAUUAGAACUCUGAAGGCCGAACGCCGUGCCCUGGCCUCGUCGGCCCGCCAAUCCGGACUUAGUGUGGAGGAGUAUCUCCGGCAGCUGGAGACGCAGGACUCAGAACAGGCCACAUCGCCCACAACGCCCACCGGCAAAAGCCGUUCCAUGAUUAAUGCUGAGAAGCGCGCCUCUUGGCGGGCAGCUCGUCUUCGAUCACUGGAACAGGGGGCCGUGGAGGCCCAGGAUGUGAUCAAGAACAUGCGCAAGAUGACCGACGAUCUGAUCAGCCACGAGUCCAGAGCCAGCGAGGCUCAGCCGAAAAUAGUCUUUCCCAAAAUUGCCAUAAAAUCGAGCGAUGGUCCAGUCAUUGUGCGCGAACGCGAGAAAAUACUCGAUGAGAAGAUUGUGCGCCGCACUGAGGAGGUGCCCUGCCCCAUUACGGGGCGACCUCAAUUGCGCACCGUCGAGUACAUUGAGAAAAUCAUCGAGACGGAGGUGGAGACCUGCAAGGAGCGCAUCAUAUCCCUGGAGCUGCAAGUUCCUGAAUCGGAGGAGGGCACCCUAGACGCAACGCAACCGCCGCUGGAGCUCGGGGCAGAUGACUUCGAGGACAAUGCAUCGGAAGAGGAAGAGGAGGAGGAGGAGGAGGACGAGGACGAAGAGGGCGAAGAUGACUUCGAUGACUAUGAGGAUGAGGAAGACACCGCCUCCAUUGUCACCGUGCAGGCGAACAAUGAGAAGCUGUUCCUGCGCCACGAUUCCGAUGCCUACGGUCCGUCGUCCAUCGAGAGCACUGCAUCCGGCAAGGUGCGCAUCAAGCCCACGCCACUAGCGCUCCACCAGACGCUGGCCAAGGAGACGACCAUUGUGGAAGUGCUGAAUCCCGUCAUCGGGGGCGACGGCAGUGCCCGCACCAUCCACGUGAGCGGCGGCCUGCCCUUCGACCCCGACGACUUUGAGCAGGGCGCCGUGGCCGUGUUGCGCAGCGAAACUUUCGUUCUGCCCGGAGCCAACGGCGGCGGUAGGUCGGAGAUGUCAUUAAAUGCUAAAAUGAAAACCGUGCUCGAGGAGCUGCUGGAGAACGAGCGCGUCAAAUUGAAUUUGCAAAAGAGCCUUGAGGGCGAGAAGAAGGAGCAGCAGCUGGAGGAGGUCGAGGACGAGGACGAGGACGACGACGAGGAUGCCUAUGGCGAUGCGCGGGAUGAUGAGGAGAGCGCCUACGGCGAUGCCGUCGACGAUGUUGUUGACUUUGCUGGCGCUGCUAAUGACCAGGACGAUGCCAAGAACGGCAAUCAGCAGCAGCUGCUCGAGGAGCUGAUUAAGGACAGAAACCGCAACACAAUCAUUGCCAAAUUGGCGGGCCAAUUGUCGGACGAUGAUGAAGAGGAUGACGACGAGGAGGACGAGGAGGAGAGCAGUGACUCCUCAGACGAGGAUAGCGAUGACUCCGACGAGGAGGACAAUGCCGAGCAGCAGCUGAAUGUCACCUAUGUGCAGGGCGCCCAGGUAAUCGAGAAUCUCAAUACGCUGGCCACGGGCAGCAAGCUGCAAAAGUCGCAGACCUACACGGCCAUCAAGCAGGCGCAGGAGCCAAAAGAAGGGGAGGAAAAGGAGGAGCCAGAGGAGAAGGAGAAGCCAUGUGGAACUGAUACCCUGGCCCAGUUGCAGGCCGAGCAGCGUGCCCUGGCGGAGAUCUCAAAGCAGUUGCGCAAGUCUGUUGAGGAUUUGCUCAGCACGGAGGGCGAAACGGUGGUGGAAACGCAAAGGACCUACACUCUGCCUGCGGCCAGCGAUAAAUCGGCGGUGGUCACCGUCACCGAGGUGGUCAAAAAGAAGAAAAAGAAGGGCGAGUCGGGGGAGGAUCUGUUCAACCGCCUUCUGAGCGCCGGCGAGUCGGAGCGUCAGGUUUUUGACCGCCAGCAGGGCGAGACCAUAACGACCACCACCACGACGACCGAGGCUGUGAGUGCGGAGGACAACGAGCCGAGCACCAGUGUGGUGACCACCACUCGGACCGUGUCCAACAUUGUGACCAGCGGCAUACCCCGCCCAGAAUCAAGCAAGCAGGGCAACCGCAGCAGCAGCGGCAACAAUAACCGCAACAAGAACAAGCGAAAGGGCAAAAAGAAGUAGAGUAUAUCCGGUAGCAGCAGCAGUGGCAGCAGCAGCAGCAGCUAGAAGGAAAUGGGAUAAGGUGUCGAAGUUGCGUAUACGCCGUGUGGUGGGUAUGAGAGUAUGCGAUCCGAGCGAAUCCCCUACACGCACAACCUUCCGCACAACCUACAGAAUCACACACACUCACCCACACAUAUCAGCGUGUUAGAGGGCUCGCUGUCCAUUACCCACAAAUAUACCCACUAAUUGUAUACAUAUGUAUAGUAUAUUAUGUACGUACGAUAUUCGCAUAUGUAUUGAUAAUUUUAAUUAAUUGUGCAAAUAACGUGUCGCCUGCAUUUACAAAAACCCAUUUGUUACUAAUCACGAAAGUGUACGCAUUAAAACAAAAUAUUUUCAUUGCAAAUUAAAAACAAACCCAAUCGCGCAUUGAGAUAUUGCAAGAAUUUAACUGUAAAUUUAAUGUUGUGCAGCAACCACAAAGAAACGACAACAACACAAUCCGUUGAGCCCAUCAGAAUUGAAUUAAUACGACAUCAGGAUCAACAGAAAACAAAAACAAAACAAAAAUCUUAUUUAAUUGAAUUAAAUAAUUUCACUUUGUUGGCAUUUAACUAUCAUUUGCAUACAGCAUCUGGUUUUUCUCCCUCAUUUUUUCCAAAUGGGCUUCGCUUAUUUUCCGCAAAUUAAAUUUACGUUUUAUGUUCUAGCACAAAAAGUAGAAGCGUUCGCAAAUCCGUGCCCAGCAGCCGGCCGAAGUAUUCACGACGAUCCCUCUCUCGUACCAUCUAUAAACUCUAAGCAUUCCGACUGCCCAUUUUUGGGCAUACUCUUUAUAGUUUUUAGCCUUAAGCAAGAACCGGCAACUAAGCGCUAUUCGAAACAAAAAAAGCGCGCAGAGAACAUAAAUCAAAUAAUCGUAAAUAAUGUGUAGCUAGCAGUGUGUAAGUGCGUCCAGUUGUAAUCCCUAGUAUGUAACAGAAGGCAUAAGCACAACUAUGACAAAUGUCCUAUGGCGAUUUCAGUUUCCACUUUUAUACAAAUGUAAAAAUAUUUACAAGCAA